AUGCACCAUUUUACGGCAGAAACGGUGGCUUUCAGCCGACACCUACACGCCCCCACCCGCGCACCCCAACUCCCCACCUUCCCUCCCUCCUACUUCCCAGGUAACCUUCUGGACGUGCUCAAGGAGUUGCGGCUUGCGCGAGGCGACCAUGCGGGAGCCGCCCGAGUGGACUCCCUGAGGCAGUGGUUCAGCUUCUUCGGGCUGUAUCGCGGGUUACCCGCACUCGGCAUGGACCUCUACCGCCACAAGAGUCUGGCAAGGGAGGUGUACCGGGACUGGACUCAGCUGCUGGACAAGGUCACGGCUGCGCCGGGUGGUGGGCUCGCGGGCCGAGGCUGGGAUGUGGUUCCGGAGCUGCUGGCGGCCAACCCGGAUGCAGUACUACAAUGGGUACGGCAGACGCUGCGAAAGGUCCGAAAGGCGUUCAAGGGCUUUCUCUUGUCGUACAUUCCCGCGGCAAAAUCCCCCCCUCCCCCUGCUCCCCCUCACUCGGGGGCCACCCCAAGGGCUCCAAAAACGGGCGGUGCCGUAUCCCGGCUGCUGGCCGACUGCAUGGGGGAAGUUUCCACCGACCCGCACUUUAUCUCCGAUCUGAUGGCGGCAGCUGAGCAAGUGGGCUGGAAGGCCACAGUAUACAUCCACAGCCGAGGAGACGGCAGCCCGAGCAGCUGGCUGCCCGAGCAGCUCACGGAACUGUCCCAACAGGUCUUUGAGAUCGUGAGGUGA